AUGCGCAAGCCGACGGAAACAGAGGGUCCAAUCCGUCUCGGAGAAGGACCGGGAUCAGUGGCCGAUGCCGAGGUGGGGGCGGGGCAAGGCUGGAACAUUUGCACCCAAGUUGUACCGGUGUGUAUUUAUUCAUCUUUCGUACCGAGAGCAACGACGGAGCAUUGCGUUGCUUCUCUCUUUCCCUCCGACCUCGGCCUCAACCUCAGCUUCGACAUUGCUUCGAUCUCAACCUCAGUAUCGACGUCGACGUCGACGUCGACUUGGCAACGAGCCAGUCGGCCUGAAACGUUCCUCCUCUACUCGCAGCCCUUGCCCUCGCAGGACCUCGGCUUCAUCGACCCCAAGGCCCGCUGCCUCGAAAUCGCCAUCGGCAACCGCACCUUCACCAUCCACCAGUCGCCGACGGUGCUGUCGUCGACCCGCGCAGGUGGCACAACCGGAGCCGUUGUCUGGAAAGUGACGCCCAUAUUUGCCUCCUGGCUCUCGCAACCGGCCAACCCCCUCCUAGAGCUCCUGCGCCGGCGCCCGUCCGUUGUCGAGCUCGGGUGCGGCAUCUCACCGCUCUGUGCCCUCGCCUUGCGCCCAUUCGUUUCGACGUACCUCCUCACCGACCAACCGUACGUCCAGCGGCUCGUGACGCAGAACCUCGCCGAAAACCCGCCACCGUCCGCUGGUCGUCGGGGAAGAAGAGGCCGAGCCGACGACCCGUCCCACCACGGCGAGGUGCUCUUUCGAACCCUGGACUGGGAGACGGAUGAGGUUCGCUCCGUUUUCGUGGAUCGAGCCAUGAGCAGCGGCUUCGACGCCAUCAUCUCCUGCGACUGCGUCUUCAAUUACGACCUCGUCGCCCCCUUUGUACAGACCUGCGCCGAUCUGUGCCUUCUGCGCGCACGGGAUGCUGAUGCUGACGGAGACGCUGAGGACGAGGGCCAGGUUGAUGAUGAUGAUGAUGGUGAUGAUGAAGGCCGCGUCAAGCGGCGUCGGCGGCCUUGCUUGUGUAUCGUUGCGCAACAGCUCCGCAGCGAUGACGUCUUCCUUACCUGGCUGCGCGCCUUCCUGGAGCGCUUUCACGUCUGGCGUGUCCCCGACCGCUUGCUGUUCGAUGGGCUGCAAUCCCGGGCUGGCUUUGUCGUCCACGUCGGCAUCUUGCGAGAUCCAUCGUGA